AUGUUCACCUUGCUUUUAGGACUCUUUGAAGGAACUGAAGACUAUGAGAGAGGAUUAGAUUUCAAUUUUGAUCAUAUAAACAACCCUGAUCUCAUAGCAUUGAGAAAAAGACUGUGGAGUAUUAUUCCUGAUAACUUCAACCUGGCAAUCUAUUCUGUAAACAUCGGUGGAGUUCUUCUAUUAGGAAUUGGAUUAAUAAUUAUCACGUGCGCAAUUGCCCCGGACUGUCCUCUCAACAGAUUUUGCUGUGGCAAAAGACGACAUCUCAGAAGAUUUCAAGAGCAAUCCAAUUCUAUUCUACUCUAUAAGAAAGGUUUCCAGCUGAGUAAAAGAACGCUGAAUAGUCCUGAAAAAAGUAUGAAACCCGAAACUGAGAUUGUUGAGAAAAUGCACGUGAACUGUACAUGUACAGGGUAUGAUGAAGAGUACAUGAAGAAUGUACAUGUACAGUCAGCUAGUAGAACAAGAUACAGUACAACAUCAGCUUCAUUUCCACUAGAAUUCAAGAAAGCUGUGACUUUCGACCACAAUUUGUCCCAUUAA